AUGAAAAGAGGCGGAUCAGGAGCAGUGAGAACUAAGAAAAUCCCCGGAGAUGCUAGUAACUGUAAUGGUAAUGCUGUGGGUGGUGAACAAGUUCAGAGAUUAGCCACCGAUGAGGAUGUUCAAAUGAUCAGUAAAGAAACAGCAAAAAAGGUAUCACCUUUUAUUGGCAAUGGACGCAACAGCCGUUUUGGCGCAACUAGAUAUGCUCAUGAUGCUCCCAGGAGGGUAGCACGAUGUUACUCUAGAAUUGAGGAUAUUUCUCAUGUACGUCCAAUUCCAUUCAAAGUUGGUAAGCAUUAUGAAAACCAAGAGUUCGGGCGGGACCCAAAUCGACUGGAUUACUUUUAUUCAAGGCCUUUUGAUGUCUUUGAAAACGAUCAUCUCCCUGGAGUUGGUAGUUAUGGCGGCGGUGGUGGUGGUAGAAACCAUGGUGGCGUAGUGGCAGGCCAGACUACAGCUAGUGACUCUGCCGUUGCAAGUGAAGGUAUAAGGUUACGAGUUCCGGUUGGGAUUUCUGCUAAUAAUGAUACUGGAACAGUACUACAAAGACUCAACAAAGGAAAAGGUAAUGACGGUGAUGGUGAUGGUGGUUGUGGGGGUGGUGGUGGUGGGAGUCGUGGGGUUGUGGGCCUGAGGCUGGAGAAGGAAAGAGGUAGUAGUGAGACUGCUGGAGCAGGUGGUGGUGACAGGAAUCGCGAAGUUCCGUUUUGGGUUUUUGAUAAUAAUGGUGGUGAUUGUGGUGAAGCUGUAGUCGAAAGAUUGCUUCGAUUCAAGCAGGAUGGGGCAACGGUGACAAUGCGGGUGGCGGUUAUUGUGGUGAUGUUGUUGAUGAUGGUGAUAAUGAUGGUGAUGGUUAUGGUGGUGUUGGUGUUGGUUAUGGUGAAGAUGGAGGUCAAGACGGUAGGAGGAUGGUGGGAAAAGUGGCGGAGGUUGUAA